AUGACUGUUAAUCUACAGAGGUUGGGAGAUAUUUUAGAAAAUCCCUAUGCUGCGUUUGGGGUUUGUGUAGCAGUGAGUGCUAUAGCCUACUUUACCCAUAGCAGCCAACAUCCAAACCAUCGAAGGAAAAAACGGCGCAUGAGCAGCUUUCCGGACCUUACAGACAACCGAUCUAUCGUGGUAAAGUAUCUUACACCAGACGUAUUCUCCAAGCUAAAAGACAGGAGAACGACCAAAAAAUAUGAUUUAGAGCAUCUGAUCCAGUCGGGUCUUUUUUCAAUUGACCCCAUCUCAUUGGCCAAAAACCCAGCAGGGCUUCUAGCAGGAGAUGAAGAAUGUUACGACGUGUUUAGUGAGCUCAUUGACCCUGUCAUCAGAGAGCUACAUGAAGUUGAUCAGAAUUUCAGGUCAGAAGUUAACCUGGAUUGGGAGCAAAUCAGAGGCGGACAGCUCUCUGAACCAAACGUGUUAAGCUGCAGGUUGAGUGGCAGCAGAAAUAUAGAAGGAUACCGAAUGGUUCCCGCCAGCCGAACAACAGAACUCUCAGAAGUCAGUCAGCAGAUAAUGACAACAUUGGAAUCUGUUGAGGAAAACAUCGAGCACUCUUUUCCCUCGGUGUCACGGCAAAACAGUAAUUCUGUUUUGGAAGAUUAUGGAUUAAGCCUUGCUUCCCUGCCGCCUCAGCUGUCACGUUAUUGGCCUCACGGAAGGUUUGUGUGGUCAACUGAGGACAGACAAUGUCGGAUAUUCUUAAAUUCCGAGGAUCACUUGAAGGUUGUUAUAACUGAGGCUGGUGGUGAUAUACAAAGGGCAUUCAGGCAUUACAGCGAAAUACUGUCAAGUAUAGAGGAAGGUUUAAAACGAAAUGGAAAGAGGUUGAUGUGGAGCUCAAAAUACGGGUAUUUGACAAGCUCGCCACAUAACAUCGGCACGGGACUUGAGGUACAAGUAGAGGUUCGGCUGUCAAUACUUUGCAAGGAUCAAAGAUUUGAGCGCAUAAUGCACGUACUUCCAGUGAAACUAGACGAGGCAGUUCAUCCACAAGCUCAAGACGUGUUCUACAUCAGAAACAAACACAAAAUGCAACUGACGGAGGUUGAUAUUCUUCAACAAGUUAUCAACAGUGUGACUUUACUGGUUGAACUUGACAAGAGAAUUCAUCGGAGAGAGAGCAUCCUGGAUCUAUUGCCGUAAGAUGUUAUUUCUACCGACACAGAGAAUAUCUACUGUAAUACUCAGAUAUGUAACUGACGUAGUAAGUUGACCUACGUAAGUAAUAGAGAGAAGAGAGUAUCUUUGACGUAGUUGGUAGUCUUUCUAACUAGACAUUAAUACAGCAAAGAGUUUGAACCCAGGAGUAACAGUUAUUUGUCUAGUAUGAUAAGGAAUGUCGCUAAUAUCGACUGACGUCUUGAGAAUCUCUAUUUUCGUCUUGCCAGAGGUUAUUAGUUUAAUGCUAGGCCCACAGGCGCCCAAAAUUUUCCCUGAAGAGGAUCAUUCGUAUAUUCAGCAUUGUUUGUUCAUGGUUAAAGCUGUUUUCGACGAUUACUUUAUCAGCCAGACAAUAAUGCUAGAUGUUGUUUUGGAUCACGUGAAUAAAUGAAAACAAAUAUAUUGAGAGAAAACCGGAGAUAACCUUUUGGAACUAGAAAAAAAAACAAACCCAGGCUCAACACUAACAACAACAAACCUGAAAUAAUAAUUAUAAUGAUAUAAUCUGUAGACAACAUGUUUAGCUGUAGAACAAUUUGUACAAGCCUAUGAAGAGGAUGCUAUCAUGGCCUUCGUUAUCUCUCGUGAAGUUCCUCUCUACUAGAAUGAAUAUUUUUUUCUUACAAGGAAUCAAAACAGGAUAGAUUUCUAGGGGGUGAGGUAGGGGGGGCAUUUAACGGGUUUUGUUUUGUAUUCGUUAGUUUACUGCUCAAACUUUUAAAAAUUGUUUUGUCACUUAGGGAGGCUUAUUGAUCCGCGGCAGUCUCAGUGAAAAACAGCACCAGAUAAAAGCACUCAAGGUUUAAUGUUGCCAAUGUGGCAAAAUAGAUACGACAAAUUUUCACAAUGAAUACCGUGAGUGUGACUGAAAUGAACCGUGUAUUAAAACGUGAUUUCCUAGGGUAAUAUUCCAGUUGGAGCUGAAAUCUCCCGCUUCGUCGUCCAAGUGAGUUUAAUUUCCCGUCAAAACCACAAAAAAUUGUAUUUCUUUGCCCACUCUAUUUGGCCACUGGGAAGUUGCCUCAACCGAUCCUUCUUUAGGUUUGAGAGUGAGUUUAAACUUUAUCAGGUAGAGUUUGCAAUGUUCUGGCGCCUCAAGAUGCCAUUUGCGAAUCAAAGACCUCAUCUAUGCCCACCAGAUCUCAGUGGUAAGAUGAACUGUCGAUCUAACUAUAAAGAGAACUGACUUCUUCACAAAGAGAGUUCUACUUCAGGAGACGUGGACAGAAUAAACUAGAUAAGAACGUGCAUGAUCAAAUAUUUUCCCUGAAUAGUCCAGGUGACUGUGAACAAAAGUUCUUGCAAAUUAACCUUGUUUCUGAAGGUUUUUUGAAUGAUACGAAGACAACAUCGUGACGAUGUUACGGAAUGAUACGGACAAAUGGUUGCAUCACCCAGCUAAAGGCAAAUAGGAAGUGGACGUAAAAAUUUUAAGAACUAAACUAUGUUCUGAUUAAGCUAUCACUUCUAUCUUCGUACUCGCCUGAGCCGUGGGAAAUUU